UCAUUGUUAUUGUGGUAGCUGGAUUUCCAGUUGCUUACAUAGAUUUCGCCAUCAUUUCGCUUAAAUUUCGGCCCCUAAAGCUGCGGAAACGCGCGGACCCUCAAGACUACAGCAAAACAAUGUCGGUGCAAAAGGACAUUUCAUCUGACGAGAGUUUGCAAGGCUCCUGGGUUGAGCUGCAUUUCAGUGGCAAUGGCUCUCAAAGCACAAGCCAUCACGGAAGCCAGGAGCAAAUCAUCCCCACGUCCAGCCAGGAGGGUGACGUGGAGAAAAUGCUGCUAGAUGCACAGAACGAGUCGGGCAGAAACAGCUCCAGAGGAAGCUCUCAAUGCAACAGCCCACUCAGAGCACAGACCCCCCUUCUCCUGUGGAGAGGCUCAGAGGGAAACAGCUCACAGUCAGAUGAAGACUUCCAAGAAACAAGACGGGAAGUAGAGAACCUGAUGAAGAAAAAUGCUGAUUGGAUCUGGGACUGGUCCAGUCGACCUGAGAACAAUCCACCAAAGGAGUUCCUGCUGAAGUACCCUAAGCGCACGACCUCUCUCAGUAUUAGGAACACCAGCGUCAUGAAGAAGGGAGGCAUUCUCUCUGCUGACUUUCUGAAGAUUUUCCUUCCCUCAUUAAUCAUUUCUCACAUACUCGCUGUUGGCCUAGGGAUAUAUAUUGGGAAACGCCUAACCUCCCACAGCACCUACUGAGUCGAAAGGUGGGGUGUGGCGACGCUUUGUCACCUUGAUGUGACCAGCCUGGCAUGCCUUAAAAUGGGACCUUUUGAAGAUCAAGCGAGUUGUGGCCAUGUGACAUGGUCCAAUUUGAUAGAGAGCCUUGUAUUGCCCCCAGCAGCGUGGAGAGUAAAGGAUAUGUCAUUGUUGUUUUUUGCUGAACAUACUGACCAAUCCUCUGCUCCUUGCUGUAGUCCCUGUCCUGGCCUGGAGUCGACUGUUUUGCUGCUUCCUGCUCCUUAAAUCUGCACGUUAGGGAAUUGAGAGAGAGAGAUAGUUAGUACUUUAUUGCCUUUUUCGUUUUGCAAUGAGAAGUCACUUGUGAUUUAAAAUCAUAUACUGUGAGUUUAUUUCUUUUUUUGUUUUUUUGGGAUCAGCUGGGCAUAAAUGAAACUGUUGUGACUUGUAAUUUUUGUUUAUCUCUUAAACACUUAGUGUUUGUCACCUAAGUGUUUAUCUCUUAAACACUUAGUGUUUAAGAGAUAACAUUUAUCACUGAUUGCUCAAUUUUUGCAAUGGUAAAUUGUAGAAAAUCUAAUGUUAGCUUAUUAAGCACAAACGUGGUCCAUUUUGUUCAUCUUUCACAAAAUAAAAGCUGGAAACACA